AUUCAGGACCGGACCGAGUCUUCGAGACCGGGCCGGACCAUAAACACCCUAGAGUGACCUAUUUACUCAUUUCCAAUAAUAAUAAAAUCUCUAAAUAAUUAUCCUAAAUAACCUUAUUUAUCUUUAUUCUCUAAAAAUGAACUAGCUAGUUAUUAUUUCCGCUUAGAAUGAAAAUCAGUAUUAAGCCAGCAUUAACACACGACAAGAUGACCUUGCUAAUUGUUUGCUGCAACAAAAAAACGCUACACAACGCAUCCUUCAGAAUUCAGAUAACAACGCCAGCCAAAAAAAACUUCAAAACUGCAUGUAACAACAACUGUACCUUACCAAUAUAAAAAAUAACGGGGACAUGCAGAAUUUUAACAGCUUGCAUCCUUUUUUUUCCGUCAAAAAUCUCACUUCAUUUUUCUAGAUUUCCGAUCCCAAAGGCACUGAAUUUGAGCUUCUUGCUAAUCACCACGACGGUUUUGAUAUUCAGAUGAAGAUGGAGGUCGAUAGCAAUGAGGCGGUGUUAGACCUGGACUUGUUGGAGCUGCCGGAGGUGCCUGCUCCGGUUCUCAAGAGUAACGCCGCUCUUCUGGAGUCUCUCUUCGACCAAUGGCUCUCUCUUCCGGAGAGCAAUCGACUCAUAACGACUUUAUUAAACGAAGCAAAAUUGAAGAAUGAAACACUCAAUAAUUUGUCUAAUUUAUCAUCAAAAGGUCUUCCACCUCUCUCGCCAAAAUGCACGCCAUCCCCUACUUCCUUGAAUCGCCCCGCGACGCCGAGAACCGACCUCUGUAAUAAUAUGAAGGCUGCUAGCGAUGACAAUAUACGGCAGUUCUACUUUGAACAUGGGCGUCCAGCACCACAAGAGAUGAUUGAAGAAUGCAGGUUUAAGAUCUACGAAUUAUUCAAUGAUUACGGGGAAGAAGCGGGACACCUUAUGCACAUGAAAGAAUUCAAAUUUGUUACGAAGGAAGUUUGCGACCUGCCGUCCUUCUUCUCGAAGGUUCUGUUCAGAAAAAUCAACAAUAAUGAAAAUCACAACUACCUCACGAAGGAUGCUUUCUAUGAUUAUUGGAUCAAUAAGAACUUGCUGACGUGUGACAAAGCAACUAAAAUAUACACACUUUUAAAGAAGCCAGAGCUCGAUUACCUUACUCAUGACGAUUUUAAUCCGGUGCUAUACGAGCUUCUAGAAACUCAUCCCGGGCUAGAGUUCUUGAAGAACACACCUGAUUUCCAAGAAAGAUACGCUGAAACCGUAAUAUACAAAAUAUUUUACUACGUGAAUAGAUCUGGUAACGGUAGAAUUACUCUGCGAGAGCUGAAGCGUUAUGGCAAAACCUUGAUUGAUGCAAUGGAUCAAGUUGACGAAGAAGAUGACAUUAAUAGGGUUUUGAGAUUCUUCUCUUAUGAACAAUUUUACUCUACAUACUGCCAGUUUUGGGAGCUGGAUUCCGACAACAAUUUCUUGAUAGAAAAAGAAAGCCUUAUCAGAUACGGUAACCAUGCUCUUACCUAUCGGAUCGUGGACAGAAUAUUCACCGAGAUUCCAAGAAAAUUUACCAGUAAGGUUCAAGGAAGGAUGAGUUAUGAAGAUUUUGUUUAUUUCGUAACUGCAGAAGAGGAUAAAUUAGCUGAACCAAGCCUUGAGUAUUGGUUAAAGUGCAUUGAUCUAGAUGGAGAUGAAGUUCUAACAAGGCAUGAACUGCAAUUUUUCUAUGAAGAGCAAUUGCAUCGAAUGGAGUGUUUGGGACUUGAACCUAUAUAUUUUGAGGAUAUAUUGUGCAUGAUGUUUGACAUGAUUAACCCUAAGAAUGAGGGUUAUAUCACUCUGCGUGACCUCAAAGGUAGUAAAAGCUCUGGACAUUUUUUCAAUACCCUGUUCAAUCUAACUAAAUUUCUCAAGGUUAAGGUGUUUUAG